AUGCAGGCAUACCUGAGAGAGAAACUAGGAUUUACUAAUGGCUUAACUUAUGAAAAAGGUCACUCCAGACGAUGGAGUUUUUCGAAGUGGAAGAAGCAGAUGACUCCUCAGAAAGAAAAUGUUGCUGAGAGCAAGGACAGCGGAGUAACGGCGACCGGGCGGGUCUAUCACGCCAACCUUUCUCUACUGGCAGUCGACCAAACCUCCGAUUCAGUUCAUUUCCUCCACCUUUCUCCUCCUCCACCUCGCGCUCCUGUGUCAUUACGCCACGAACACAGGAGAGAGUUGAAAGGAAAAAAUGCCAUUAUCCCACAGAGAGAUAUUAAACCGAGCGUUUUGGAUGGUAACAGACCAUCCAAUAGAGUAAUACUAGUUGUGAUCGAAGGAUUGAGGUGGGACAUAUUCAACACAAGAGGAAAUAUAUCCAAAUUUUCUACAGAAAUAAAGAAACGAGGUAAAGUCGGUCCGAUAUAUGUUAAUGUUCCAAGCGCCCGCUACCGAGGUCUCAUAAGAAUGAUCACUGGGGUACCUGGAGACGAUGCGACCAACCAAACGGCGAACGUCUUCCAUUCUGCUAGAACUGUUUACAUUGGUCCAUCAUCCCUUGGGAAUAUGUUAAAUAAUAUAAACCGAUCUUACAGUUACCCGGAGGCAUGGGAGAAUCUAACUGUGGGCCCGAAACAAACAAAAGGUGAUGAAUGGGUUUUCGAAACAUGGUAUCAUCUUUUGAGUAAAUCAAUUUUUAAUAAUGAAGAAGCGAAUAUGUUCUUCUUUUAUCUGAACGGCUUCGACUUGGCUUCUCAACUGGACGGUCCGCUAUCAUACCGUGCCCUAAAAGAACUGAAGUAUAUUUUUGACAGCCUUGAAGUUGUUUAUUCGAACACAGAAAAGUUCUUCCCCGAUUCUAAGACAUCAUAUAUCGUGACAUCCGAUUACGGUUUUGUUGAAGGUGAUGAAGAUGCAGAAAAUUCUCUUAACGAAAGUAUGGUUCCGCUAAUUACAUGGGGCGCAGGCUUGGCUGGUACUAAUCAAAUCACGGCUGAGGAUGCUUCCCGAUUGAUCAGAAAGGGCCACGUGAGGCAGGUGGAUCUUGCACCAUUCAUAUCGUACUUAAUAGGAACAGAAAUACCUUUCAAUAAUUUCGGUGAUGCGCCUAUAAUUCGUCUGUCCAAAAACAAAGAUAGGGCUAGAUCACUAUUGCUCAAUGCAAAACAAUUGGCGGAAUUAUUUUUAAGCUUUGAAAAAGAAUAUAGCUUUGGGCUUGCGAGUUUCUGUUCUCCUCUGGAUAAAAAUUAUAUAGAUACUUACUUGUCAGAAAUAACAAAAGCGAUUUCAAAUGAAGAUUAUUAUCUAUCGAUUUCAAGAUCUCAAGACCUUAUCGAUAAGGCAUUAAACGGAAUCGGCUACUACAGGAAUUAUGAGAGUAAUAUUUUGUGGAUCUGUGCAUUGAUAAGUUUGGUUGGAUGGACAUUAGUGACACUAGGGUGGGUGGCCGAGAAGGUGAAGGUGACGCCGCUUAUCCAACGUGAAAUGGUUCCUGAAGGCCAAGAAAACGUCCAGUCAAACACCAAAAGCUUGACCAUUUUCCAAAGGUUUUUCACUCCUAUUUUUGCUGUCCACACUAUUUGUUUCGUGAUAUUUUGCAUUACAACAGGUGUUCUUCUUUUUAUAUCUGCGCCUCUGAUUAUCUCCUUAGCGGCCAUCUUAGCAACAACAAUAUCAUGGUUAGCGGCCAAAUGUAGCCUGGAUUGGUUCAGGCUGUACAAAUCAUUGGCACUCAACAACGUGAAGAUAAAAAAAGAGAAACCAUUGAUGUAUUUAAUAUACUUCGUGGUGUUCACGUGCUUUUUAUCAUACCCUAUUGUGGUACAAAUCAUGCUGUCGUUCGCAAUCAUGUUCAGUGCCCUGUCAGAUCUCCGCUACAGCCCAGGGCAGCACCUUGCCUAUUGGAUGUUAUCCUCACUCUCUUACUUAAUUCUUCUUCAUUAUUCCUUCAAUAUUCCUUACCUUCCAGUUCUAAUUAUCGCAGCGAUGCUAUCUUCCCAUGCUUCUCUGAUUAAUUUCGCUUUGAUUCCUGAGAGUUCUAUAACUCUUUACAAUCAGUUAAUGUUCCUCUUUUCUUUGUUAAUGAGGCCCUUAGCUUACUUAUUCUUGAUGCCGUCAGUACUAUCGAUGCUCAUAGGACCUAUACCGCCUCAAACGACCCAAAGUAGAAGCCCAGAGAUUAUACAGCCGAUAACAGUUGAAACCUCUCUUUGA